CGGAAAUCAGCUCUUGUUGCACAUCAGAGAAGUCACUCAGGUGAGAAGCCGUUUUCCUGUUCUGAGUGUGGGAAAUGUUUCGCAUGUAAAUCAGUUCUUGUUAGACAUCAGAGACGUCACACAGGUGAGAAGCCGUUUUCCUGUUCUGAGUGUGGGAAAUGUUUUACACAGAAAUCAGCUCUUGUUACACAUCAGAGUAGUCACACAGGUGAGAAGCCAUUUUCCUGUUCUGAGUGUAGGAAAUGUUUCGCAUUUAAAUCCGUUCUUGUUAGACAUCAGAGAAGUCACACAGGUGAGAAGCCGUAUUCCUGUUCUGAGUGUGGGAAAUGUUUCACAUUUAAAUCAGUUCUUGUUAGACAUCAGAGAAGUCACUCAGGUGAGAAGCCGUAUUCCUGUUCUGAGUGUGGGAAAUGUUUUGCAUUCAAAUUACAUUUUGAUAUUCAUCAGCAUACUCACACAGAUGAGAAGCCGUAUUCCUGUUCUGAGUGUAGGAAAUGUUUUGCACGGAAAUCAGAUCUUGUUACACAUCAGAGAAGUCACACAGGUGAGAAGCCGUAUUCCUGUUCUGAGUGUGGGAAAUGUUUUGCAUUCAAAUUACAUUUUGAUAUUCAUCAGCAUACUCACACAGAUGAGAAGCCGUAUUCCUGUUCUGACGGUAGGAAAUGUUUUGCACGGAAAUCAGAUCUUGUUACACAUCAGAGAAGUCACACAGGUGAGAAGCCGUAUUCCUGUUCUGAGUGUGGGAAAUGUUUUGCAUUCAAAUCACAUUUUGAUAUUCAUCAGCAUACUCACACAGGUGAGAAGCCAUUUCCAUGUUCUGAGUGUGGGAAAUGUUUUGCACGGAAAUCACAUCUUGUUCUACAUCAGAGAAGUCCUACAGGUGAGAAGCCGUAUUCCUGUUCUGUGUGUGGGAAAUGUUUUGCAUAUAAAUCAAAUCUUGUUACACAUCAGAGGAGUCACACAGGUGAAAAGCCAUUUUCAUGCUGUGAGAGAAAUAAAUCCGCUCUUGUUGAACAUAUUAGACAUUACCCAAAUACGGAACCAUUUACAUAUUCUGGAGUAUAAUUAUCACUGUCAUGCAAUGUUCCUCAAGGGUCAACCUUAUCUCCUAUGCUUUAUGCAAUAUAAAUGCUACCACUGGGUGAUAUAAUCAGACGUCUUGGCCUGGUCUACCACUGCUAUGCAGAUGACCUGCUUUUUGCUCCAUGUACUGAGAACCUAAUACCAAUCCUAAAUGGUUGUCUAGCUGAGCGCCAUGGGUGGAUGAUGCCAGUUGGCUGUGACUCAGUCUUUGUGAAACAUAAUAGAAGCUCACGAACAAAGGACAAGACUUUACCAACCAUCUGGAUUUAUGCUUUGGUGUACAGAAUUGAAAAUACUGAACAUGUGCUGAAUCUUUGUGUUGUCCUGGUAUGUGGCUGACACAGACAUCAGGUAUCUGCCACAUACAAAUCCUCAUUCUUCCAUCUGUGGACCAUAGCCAGAAUCAAGCACUUGAUUCCCUCAGAAGUUCAUAGACUACUGCAAUGCCAUCUACCUGGGUCUACCAGCAAAAGAAUUACAGAGCUUGCAGCUAGUACAGAAUGCAGCAGCCAGGCUGUUACCUAACCAGCUAAUUCCUGCCACAUAACACCCAUUCUCUACUCCCUUCACUGGCUGCCUGUAAGAUGACAAAUCUAUUUCAUAAUUGGCUAACUGACUUUCCCAGCUCAACAUUACAUGGUCCAAGGUACUAGAAGCAGCUUCUGUCUCCUUACUGCCCUGCUUGCUUGCUUCUACAGAUGGACUGUUACCAGCAGUACCAAGAAUCUCCUGUCAUUCAUUUAUGGGUUGAACGUUUAGCUUUGUAGCCCUGACCAUGGAACUCACUGCCUUGCACAGUCCAAGAGGCCUGCACUCUAGAGACCUUCACAAGCAGACUGAUGACUGUUACUCACGCUUUUCAUUAAUGUACCUCUAUUUCUCAUACGUCCUAGAGGAUGCUGGGGAUUCCAAAAGGACCAUGGGGUAUAGACGCAUCCGCAGGAGCUU